AUGGACACCAAAAUCACAUCUAGAAGACUUUCGGAGGUUCGAGUUGGUGGUUUCAGAGCCUCCUGGACAAAGUCUGUAGCCGAAUUUACUGGACGCUUAGUAAAUGGAGGUUUGCGAUAUCGACCUUUAGAUGAUCUGAAGGCUAUAUUUAAAACAGCAGUACAGAAAGACUCCCGUAAACUUGAUAAAAACCCUACUGAGUGUUCAAAAACAUGGGCUUCAAAUUUAAAGAAACACCCCUGUUACCUACAGCUGCCUCCUAUGUCUUUACCAGCUCAACUCGAUGCAAUGGCUAUCGAAUACCUCCGAGAGCAUUCCGUUUCUCCCCCAAAGGCAAUUGAAGAUCGUUCCAAAAUUCUUACGGAUUAUCUUUGGUCACGGCCUCUUUUGUCAGAGGAAACGAUUAUACAGAAAUCAUGCAACAUAAAAAGGUCGAAAGACGUGGAUGAAGAAGAUGAGGAUGACGGUCUGACUUUCGCUCUAGAGAACUUUGCUGAUCAACGUGAGGCUCGAAUUACCAGGGAGCUAAAUUUGAAAUCCUGGAAAUCUCUAAGCUAUUCUGGACAUACCUGUGAACUUUAUUUGGUCUCGCGUUUGGCUCCCAACUUUGCGUCAGCUUGUCGAGUCCUGUAUGAGAUUCGUAAACGAUGUCCUAAUUUUAUUCCAAGGUCACUGUUUGACUUUGGCUCUGGUCUAGGCACAGUUACUUGGGCUACAAAUACUGUCUGGCCAGUAGGCUGCGUACGUGAACACUAUCUGGUAGAACCAUCCUUACACAUGACCCGACUCUCUGAGUUCAUGUUCCGUAAACAGGGAACUGUACAACCUUCCGAAAAUAUCUUUCCUGGAGUUUAUCAUCGCCGUUUCAUGCCUGGUAGAAAAAAUCAGUAUAAUUUAGUGGUCAGCGCUAAUACAUUGAUUGAACUGCCGUGUGCAUCUGCUCGUCACCGUGCUGUUUCUUCUUUGUGGGAGAAAACAACAGAUUUUCUCGUCUUAAUUGAACAAGGAACAAAGUCUGGUUUUAAAGCAAUAAAUGAAGCAAGAGAAUAUUUGCUCACGAAUGGUGGACCUGAUGUUCGUAUAUUUAGUCCUGUUUUUAAGUAUUAUUUCUAAUACUGUUACUUAAAUAUCCUUCCGCAAACGAAGUGUCCCCAUGCACAAACCUGUCCGAAAAAGAAUUCCGUUUGUAAUCUUACAGUACAGUAUUAUAGCUUUGGUCUUACACGAGUAAGCGAAUUUAACAUGUGUUGAGUAGAGAAACAUUUUCGUCAUUGUCUUUUUUGUGUAUUGAAAUUUUGGCACAUUGAUUUAAUCACUUGAUUUUCAAACACAGAAUUUCAUAUUAGCAUAAUGUGUAACAGAUGGUAUACUUGGUGCUAAGUAUCUCGAAUUAUCGUGAUAGCUCAUUAUUUUCCUCAUUUGUUGAAUAUUUAGCAUUAAAGUCAUCAAUGUUUUCACUACAUUUAUGCACCCGUAUUUCUGUG